AUGAAGUUGGCGGCUUUGCUGCUUUUGCAGCUCUGUCUUAUAAUAGUAACUACUGUAGAUGUCUGUUACGGUGAAAGCAGAGCGAAUACCCAUAUUGGUACCACAGUGCCACUUGAAAUCCACCGAAUAAUUGCGGUUGGAGAUGUACAUGGUGAUGCGGACAAUUUUAGACAAAUUUUGUUCAUGACUGGCAUUAUAUCCUAUUCCUCAAACACGGAUAAAAAUGUAAUCUGGAAGCCGAUGUGGGAUGAAAAGGAAAUUGAGCUGCGCAAGAGCCAUCGGACGAAGCUUCGAACAACCCUUAUACAGAUGGGUGAUUUGAUAGAUCGGGGGGAGGAUGAUUUGGCAGUUCUUGAAAUGGCAGCUUCGCUUUUAGAUCAAGUGAAAUCAAAUCAUACGAGUGAUAACUUUGUGCUGCUACUAGGCAAUCACGAGUUACUUAAUCUUCAACAACAGUUUCAUUACGUUCAUCCUGAAUCUAUGGGUGGAUUUUUGACAAAGGCCUUGCGCAAGCGUGCAUUUGAAUCCAAUGGCAUCUUUGGACGCUUUCUAUUAUACAAUUUUACGGUAGCACAUUUUGAUGCAGAGACUCUGUUCGUUCAUGCUGGUCUUAACGAGCAUUUUGCUUCUAUGGGAGUUGACAGGUUAAAUAAAGAAACAAUGCAGGCAGUUCGUGAGAAAGAUUAUCAAAACCCUCUUCUUGGUGCUUUUGGUCCGUUAUGGACACGACGGAUGUUAAUGGAUGCGACAAAUGGCCACUGCACGGGUAUUAAAAAAAUGAUUUCCUCUAUUGGAGCAAAAAGGAUUGUUGUAGGACAUACACCACAGAGAUCAGGGCAUGUGGAACUAUUUUGUGAUGAUAGUGUCAUUGCUGUUGAUGUUGGACUGAGUAGAUGGAUGUAUGGCAAUCUUGCUGCUCUCGAAUUAAUGGUUACGACGUAUAAAUCCGAUUCGGGUAUUUGGAGAGAUGUCGUUAUGCGUGAAGUAACUACUUCUGAUAGUAGAAGGUUCCGAACCCUUGAUGAGAGCCUUACAGACCCUUUGCUUUUGGAAGAAUUAAACCAUGCGGUAGAGGAAUAUUAUCAAUCAGAAAAUACUGUUCCAACUGAGGAUCUAGUUGGUGAUUUGUGA